CGCGCCAUGGCUGGGUUCUACAGUUGCCUGAAAAGUCACAAUGACCAUAUCAUGGCUACAACACCAACAGAUGUCAUACAGUCACCUGAAACAGGGGAGACAGUUGAAGAAUGCACAGGAAGGAAAAAAUCUAAAUUUCAGACUUUCAAGAACUUCUUUGCAAAGAAGAAAAGGAAAGAGCCUCCAGCUCCCAGGGGUGAGAGUAAUUUAAAACCCAGCCAGUCCAGCAGCGAUGUCAGCAUCUCCGUGCUCGACUCCACAGCACUUCAUUCACCAAAGGAGGCUGGGCCCAAAGGAAACAUGGGAAGCAAAGCCUUGUCCCAUGACAGUGUCUUCAUUCUGGAAUCUUCACCAGGAAGUGUGGCAGGUGACACAGCAUCUCAGGAGAACAUACCUGGAAGAGUGAAAGCCUUACAGCUUCAAUUGCAGCAGAAUAUCAGGCUUGGAUCGCCGCCUCUUAUUAUAACGGGAAGGAAACUGGAAGAUGCAGGUGCAGUUUCUGAAGAUGAUGGAUUACCUAGAAGCCCUCCUGAUAUUUCAAGCCUUCAUGAAGUUCUGACGGAUUUACCAAGCAAGUCCUCCAACCUUGUUCAGCGUCAUAGCUCUUUGAGUUUAGGUGGCACAGACAGUGAAGAUGAACAGAUAACUUCUGGAGAUUCCUCUAGGCCCAUUAGUCCUUCAUCCUCUGCUGCCGUCAGUGCUCCAGGCUCACGAGGCCGCAGCUUCCUGCCCGUUGACUUCACCAUCCCUGCCAGUCCCAUGGGCUGCCUGGACACCUCGGCAGCCAGGCACAGGAUUGCCAUAAACCCCCGGAAGCAGAAAGGCUUUGCCAACAAGAACCAGCAAACCCAGGUGGACCAGCUGGAAAAUGAAGCAUGUUUUCCUGCAGUACAUGGUGCAAGGAGAAGUGGAUUUAAGGAGACACCAACUGUAACAAGUUCCAGUGUUGCUGCUCCUGACUCUCGUGAUUCCACGGUAGUGGUAGAAGAUUUCUGUGCUCUGUUGCAAGAGGAAGCAUGUCCUGCAGGCACGGGCUGUCAGAAUAAAGCAGCUUCUCCAGCGAGCAUGGAGGAGCCCCAGAGAGCGGAGGUGCUGUUCUGCUUGGGUGAAGCUGCUGGUGAAUUGAAAUUACAUCAGGAAAAUACCAAUGCUGAAGUGUCUGCACUUUGUAAAUCUCAACAAACGAAAGCAGAAGCUGUUUUGUUACCAGACAUACUAACAGAUGACUUGUUUAGCAAGGGCACGGAAACUCAGGACAUAAAUACAUUGGCAGAUAUUGCACAGACGUCAUCAGCAAAAUCUGAGAGCCACAAGGACAGAGACUGGGAGAAGGAGGAUCCACCAUUUACUGGCAAAAUAGAAGCUUGCCUGGGUCCUAGUGAAAAUGAGUCCAUCCACUCCGACUCAGAUCCAGCACUGACCAUUUCUCAGGUUGCUCUGCCCAAUUCAGGGACUGCUUUUGAAGAAGUGGCAGUGGCUGUUUUGAUUACUGAAAACAGCUCAGGAACAAGAAAUGAUAAGGAAACUAGUGAAAUUAGGGAAAUGAGGUCAUACAAAGGCAAUGCAGAAACCAAAAGAGAUGCUGCUGCAUCUGUCCUGGAAGCAGAUUGCAUGCUGACCCCUGGUAAAGUGGAUGCAUGCUUCAAAGCAGAAACUCCUUGUCCUGUUUCAAAGGGUAACGAAGACAGUCAGCAAACCAGCACACCAUAUACUUUUGAAAAACCGUCCAUUGGAUGUCUGGCCUCCUCAAGUUUGUUUGGCUUGAAGAGUAAUAUCUCUUCUAAUAAUGACAAUAAGGAGUACCAGUUAAGCAGUACAGCUUCUCACACAAAAACAGUGAGAGAGAGCCCAACUUUGGAAGAAAAUAUAAAAACUCCACUAAAGACUGCUGCUGCUAAACCAGUCAGAUUUACCAUUGCACCAGCAUGGCAAAGAUCUCUCUCAGGGGGUUCAAAUUCAAAGGAAGAUUCUUACAACAGAAGUUCCCCAACCUCCCCUAUAAGACCAGAGUUGUUUGAAGGCAUAACAAAAGAGCACACACAUUUUGAUGCUGUCAUACAGGAGUCUGCAAAAAACAAUUCCAAUAGAUGUGGUCGCGAUAUUAAGGACAGUGACAGACAUUCAAAUUCUUCCUUGGAGUGGGCUGACCACGAAGCACAAAAUGUUGAAAACCCGUUUGGUGUCAGACUACGGAGAACAUCUUCAUUACUGAAGUACCAGAGUGAAAGUCGUGCCGAGAAUCCAAAGCUAAUCCCCUCAGCUGCUCCCGCUGCUCCUUCAGUGUCUGUCAGUGAGGAUCAGAAAUCAGCUGGCUCUGGGAAGCCAUCCCCAGGCCUUCCUGUUAGCACAAAAUCAUUUGUUAAAAAAUCAGAUCUCCUUGAAGACAAAAAUCCGCCCAAGGCAAAAUCUGAAGAAUUGGCAAAGAAGGAAAAUGGUAGUAAACCUUCAGAAAAAGUCUCCAUUCCACAUUCGGAAACUGCUUCCUCUGAACCAGCUUGGGUCUCCAUGGCAAAACUAAAACAAAAAGGUUUCCAGGGCCACCCUCUUGCCAAAGAACAUAAAGCUGAAGACAAAGCAUUGACCAACACGGAUCGCAAGGAGCCAGCGAGUGAGAACGUGUUGAGGAAGAGCAUGCCUCCCACCUUGAGCUCGCAGGAGAAGAAACAGCAGAUGAAGACUAGCGUGUCUGCUGCAGCAGGUAAAGUUGGACCUAUUGCUCAGGAAGCCUCUGUGAUUCCUGCUAUUGAAAAGGAAACACGACCCUCCUCUAACCUGCCAAUGACAUCAUGCAGCCCUGUUGAACCACCAUGGCUAUCCCUGGCCAAGAAGAAAGCCAAAGCAUGGAGUGAAAUGCCCCAGAUUGUACAACAGCAAAUGACCUGAGCAUCCUGCUUUAUAUUGCCAAUAGCUGCAUUAAGUCCCUUUAAUCACUUCUUUACUGUGACUAUUUUUGAGAAAUAAGAGCCUUAGAAUUUCUGUCCAUACUGUUACAUGUAAACAAUGAAGAAAUACCAUUGAGGGCUUAAUCUGAAGUAGCAAGGAGCUGAGUAUUUCCUACUACCAAAUACUAGGAACACUUGAUCAGUUUAUGUACUUACAUGGUUGACUAAAAGACAUUUAUGCUCUAAGAAGAUAUGCUUCAGG